UUCACGAUCCUUCAUAUUCGUUCGAUUGGGCUCAAACUAUGCAGAAGAAAAUGCAACAGCACAAAGUGUGGUGGUAGUUAAUAUUGUUAUGAUACUUAAUACUGCACACACAAAGACACAAGCAAGACCUUUGUUACAAG